AUGUUUACUUCGGCUUUGAAGUCGUUCAACUCGAACAUCUCCGCCAAUUAUCAAAUCGCGCCCCACCCCACUGUAUACUCGGGCCCCUGGAAAAUCCACGAUGCCAAAAAGAAGUCGACCGGAACGGCCGCCUCCGUAUUCAUCUUUGAUCGCAAAGUCCUCGAGCCACGGUCGGGGGGUUUUGGAUCCCGCUCAGGAUCCUCCUCGAAGAAGCUACAAGAAGAUGUGAUCGAGCGGCUUAAGCGCGAGGCCAGCAAUCUGGCCCGUCUGCGGCACCCGUCCAUUCUCCAAGUUCUAGAACCCGUGGAAGAGACUCGCAGUGGUGGUCUCAUGUUUGCGACUGAGCCCCUUACUGCAUCGCUUUCGGGGCUAUUACUUCAAAAGGGUGAGCAGGAGAGCACAUCUGGCGCCGGUUCACAUUCAGGUCGUUAUAUGGUGGAGGAGGCCGAUGGAAGUCGGAGAAGACGCGACUUGGAGAUUGAUGAACUGGAGAUUCAAAAAGGCCUGUUGCAGGUUGCAAAGGGUCUUGAAUUCCUCCAUGAAUCUGCCGGUCUGGUACACGGCAAUCUGAACCCUGAUGCCAUCUAUAUCAAUGCCAAAUCGGACUGGAAAAUCUCCGGUCUGGGGUUUGCAGGGCCACCAGACUCCUCAGAGACCAAGUCAUCUCUCCCUCCUUUGGCUGUCUCAGAGGUUCUUUAUCAAGAUCCGAGACUUCCCCCAUCGGUGCAGCUAAACAUGGACUUUACGUCUCCUGAUUUUGCCCUCGAUUCCAAUGUGUCAUCAUCCGCCGAUCUUUUCUCCCUGGGUCUAAUCAUCAUUGCUCUCUACAAUUCACCUCAUAUCUCGCCGAUUCAGGCACAUGCCAAUUUGUCAACUUACAAGAAGCUAUUGAGCUCCUCAUCGACCACUCCGUCCCAAGGCAACAAUUUUCUUUGUUCAAGCCCUAUCCCUCGGGAUGUCUUAUCCCAUGUGCUACCCAGAUUGAUCACUCGAAGGCCUGCCCAGCGCAUGAAUGCCAGGGAGUUCCAACAGUCUCCGUAUUUCGAUAAUGUUCUGGUAUCUGCGAUUCGAUUUUUGGAAUCGCUACCGACGAAAAAUGCAAGCGAAAAAUCACAAUUCUUGCGUGGACUCCAACGAGUUCUUCCUGAAUUUCCCGCUUCGGUUCUGGAGAGAAAAGUGCUGGGAGCACUGUUGGAUGAGAUGAAGGAUCGCGAACUUCUUCCCCUUAUUCUACACAAUGUGUUUGGAAUACUUCAAAAGAUUCCCAACGGACGUCGCACGUUUCCUGAAAAGGUUAUUCCUCGCUUGAAGGAAGUGUUUGGGACAAUACCAGGGAAAGCACCACAAGAACGCGACUCUAAGAAGGAUGCAGGCCUCAUGGUUGUAUUAGAGAAUAUGAAAAUUGUCGCAGAGAACUGCUCAGGUCUGGAGUUUAAAGACGAUAUAUUGCCUUUUAUUCGGCUGGGCCUCGAGUCACCUACCCAUUCCUUAGUGGAUGCUUCUAUUAGAAGUCUACCUAUUUUUCUUCCCGUUCUCGACUUCAGCACCGUGAAGAAUGAAGUAUUUCCCCCGAUAUCCAGUACAUUCAGUCGGACCAGCAGCCUUGCCAUUAAGGUCCGUAGCCUGGAGGCGUUCGCUGUUCUCUGUGGAGGAUCUUUCGAUGAUUCUAGUCUCGAAGAUGAUCUUUCUGGCGCAGUGCAAACAAACAAAACUACCAAAUCAUCCAUUCUGGACAAGUACACCAUUCAAGAGAAACUCGUCCCAUCUCUCAAGGCUAUCAAGACGAAGGAACCUUCGGUCAUGGUAGCAGCACUAAAGGUCUUCCGUGAAGUUGGCAAGAUCGUGGACACCGAUUUUCUUGCCCUCGAGGUGCUUCCAGUUCUUUGGAGCUUCAGCCUUGGUCCCCUUUUAAACCUCCAGCAAUUCAAUGACUUCAUGUCGUUGAUAAAAUCGCUGUCUACGAAGAUUGAGAAGGACCAGACGCGAAAGUUGCAAGAACUUUCGUCGGGUGGUGAUUCAAGUGGAUUCCAAAAUGGAACAAAUAAUCUCUCGCAGUCGGCGAUGGAUCUGCCCUCGUCAGACACAGACAGUGCAAGGGAUAACUUUGAGCGCCUCGUGCUUGGAAAGAGUAUGACACCCUCGACUAGCAAUCCAAUGGAUAUGUGGGGCAAUGUUGAACCAGCAGCAUCUGCGUCGAAGCCAACUACCACAUCAACUGCAUUUUCAUGGUCUACGAACAAUGGAGCAGCCCUCAAGCCAGCGAGCUCAUCUGGUCAGCUUGGUUUCCGUUCUAUCACCCCGGAUCAAAAACUCAGUUCUUUCCCAUCUCUGGCGCCUGCAAGACAAACCUCGCCCCCAACACCGGCUUUCCCCACUAUGCAGCCUAUGCAACCAUCGUCGCCAACUUGGGGCACUCAGCUUCAAGGAGGAACUCGAGCGGGUCAAUCAUUGGGCUCACUUUCCGGUAUGGCAGCUGGGAUGUCAUCACCUCAACAGGUUUCCAAUUACUCGGCCUUUUCAAUCCCACCUCCACCAGGAGGGAUUAAUUCAAAUAAUGCCAUGAGAUCUCCGUUGGGCAUGAAUACAACUCCAGCACAUUUCCCAGCUCCGCCCCAGACUCAAUAUCAACCACCACCAGCACAGAAACAAGGCUUGGACAAAUAUGAAAGUUUGAUAUGA